AUAGUGUGUAUGUAGGGACCUCUUAACUCAAAGUCACAUGGCAAGCAAGCCAUCCUCAUAAAUAAAAAGCCACUAUCCAAAGCCACACAAACUCAAACCUUCCUUUGACUAAGGUAACCAAGCUUCUUGUUUUGUUCACUUUCGUUUCUUUUACUCGUAGCAGACACACACCAAUGUCUGCCUCCAGAAAGAAGCUUCUUCUCAACACAGUGUCCGUGAAACUUGGCUGCGGCACCUGCAGAGGGCCAAAACUCUAUCGCAUAUUCCAUCCAAAGCCUAAACCCAAGAAGCUCCCCUCUUACCAAAACCACAAAAACCACUACAACCAUUUCUCUUCUUCCUCUUCUUCAGCCCAAUGGGCUGACAGCACCAACACCACCCCCACCAACACCAACACCAACACCACAUUCUCUCCCUACGUUGAUUCCUCCCACUUUUCUGACUCCGACGUCAAGGCUGCAAGAACAAUGGGGGGUUUGGGAAGAGCUGGCAAAGAAGGGGUGGCGGUGGAGAAAGACUCCGAUGACCCUUAUCUUGACUUCAGACAUUCCAUGCUGCAAAUGAUAUUGGAGAACGAGAUAUACUCCAAGCAAGAUCUCAGAGACCUUCUCAGUUGCUUCCUUCAGCUCAAUUCACCGCACCAUCAUGGCGUUAUAGUCAGGGCUUUCACUGAGAUCUGGAAUGGCGUCUUCUCUGGCAGACCCAAUUCACACAUCAACCGUAAGCCACGUCAGUUCUAAGCACUGCACGUCAUCCUCGGUUGCUAUAACGUUGACGAGUUCUAUACUUUCUAUGUGCUAUGUUCUAGGUUCAAUGUAUAUCUUCUCCAACUCAACCACAAUCUUGGUUGAACAACUUUGCUAAUUAGUUUGUACUACAACGUCUUCAUCAACAAUUUGUAAAGAGGGUAGGCUCCUAUGGGCGGUAAAAGUCAGCUUGCAUUUAAACCUGGUGAUGAUAAUCUCUUUGCCCUGAUAUCUUGUGGCAAAUUGAAAGCAAGUAGCAGACCACACCUCACACUGUGUUAAAGGUUUGGAACUAAGUUAGCAUGCUGUCCAACUCAGUCUUCAAAUAAUUGCUGUGAAGAUAAACAACAUGUUUGUUGCUUUUAAGGCAAGUGUUUCCCUCAUGCUCAAUCAAAUUGUGCUUAUCUACUACCAUAUACAUUUUUAAAGACUUUAUCUGAUUUCAUAUUUAUAAAUAAUAUUCUGGCACACCAUAGUCUCUAGGACUUAGCACAUGCAGAUUCAUCUUGUUUUGUAUUUAAAUUUACAUGUUCUUUAUUCAAUAAGAAUUAAUGCUGAAUAACACAGUCCUAAAACUUCUAAUACACUGUUAUGAACUGAUGGCAAAAGCUUAAAAACGACUUCAUUUAUCUCACAUCUCAUUUUUUCAUUUACAGUAUUUAAUUAUUUAACAAAAUUUGCUUUCAUUCCUUAUAUCUUUUACAUAAUUAAGAAAAAGAGAAAAAGAGUAUCUUUUUCUUUCUUUCUUUCCUUAUCAAACAACGGAAAAACCAUCCUUUUUUAUCUUAUUUUAUAUUUCUAAAAACCAAACAUGACAGAAGUGGAUAGUGUGGAGGGAAGGAACUGCAGAAUAGAAAAAAAUUACCAUCUUUAUCCUAUCAACAGUGUCAUGUUUGAUCAUUGAUAAGGUGGAGACACAGCAUAAUUUAGCAGACAUAAUCACGAAGUUAAUCAGAUUAUCUUGUUUCUGAUAAUGGGGAACAUCUAUAUCCUUUGAUAGGCCAGAGUUGACAUGAUUUCUAACCGGAACUUCAAUUUGUGUUAUAUCUUAUCACAACAGUCAGAGUUGAAAAAAAGUUUCAAAAAGACGUUGGUCUUGUCCAUACAUAAAGAGCAACCAUCCUGCUAUGCUGAAUGAGUUGGCAUUUGGAUUUGACAGAAAAGAAAAAGAAACUGAAAAAUAUUUGUUCCUCAAUGUAACAGUUUGCCAAGAAAAAUAUCAAAUGUGUAGUUCUUGUAUAAGAAUAGACUAAUGAAGAUUACUCUAAUUUUUUAAUUAUUUUUUGUGGCUUUUACGUAUUUGAAUUGGUCCCAGGCUAUGAUAGGAGAGCAAAGAU